ACUGUACAGUGUACAUUCGCUAGCAACGUCAACAUCAUUAUCAGAAUACUAAUAAUUUCUUUUUUUUUUCCCACUGUAUAGCGGCACAUACCGUCUACUUAAAAAUUGAUAGAAGCAAUCCGUUUUGUUUGUAAUGUAACGUUAAAUUAAAAAAGCCGGUUUGACCGUAACAGCUACCUCCAGUGUUUGUUGACUCAAUGUUUUUCUUGAAUGCCAUCCCAAUUGUUCGCCACACAGCCCAACGCAGGAUGAGCCGGAUGUCUAGGUAGAGGAUAAGACCCAGAAGAUCCGUUGAAACCUCAAUGUCAAAUCAAACUGCUCUCCUCAAAAUGCGACUGCCUCAGUUAAGAAGAUAUCGUUGCUACAAAAUUUCUGCUGUUGCUGCGGUUGCCCUGUUCACUUUUUGUAGUUUGUACUUCAGAACACGUGGUAGAUACUAUGACUUGCUAGAUUCUAGCUCUAGUGCCAAUCACAUGUACCCUAAACCAUUCCUAGACAAGAGCAAACUUGGCAAUUUUGAACCUGCAACAAUUGUAUUAAAGACCGGCCCAGGCGAAGGAGGGUUAGCUUACAAAAUAACAGACCGAGAAAAUGAUGUUGCUCAAUCAAUAUCAGACUACGGGAUGAACAUGGUUGUUUCGGAUACCAUCUCAUUGAAUCGUACCCUUCCAGAUCUCAGAAUGCCUGAGUGUAAACAUUGGAAUUACCCAACGAAGUUGCCAAAAACUAGUGUCAUCAUUGUCUUCCACAAUGAAGGAUGGUCGUCGCUCAUGAGAACGGUUCAUAGUGUCAUCAAUCGUACCCCACCAGAGUUUUUGGAGGAGGUAUUGUUAGUGGAUGAUUUCAGCGAUAAAGAAAACUUGAAAGAGAAACUUGAAAACUACAUCCUGAAGUUCAACGGCAAAGUAAGAUUGGUUCGGAACAGAGAAAGAGAAGGUUUAAUCCGUACUCGUUCGAAUGGAGCCAAAGAAGCGCGAGGUGAAGUAAUUUUAUUCCUGGAUGCUCAUUGUGAAGUUGGUUACAAUUGGCUACCACCUCUUGUAACACCCAUCGCCAUUGACAGAACUCGAAUGACUGUUCCAAUCAUCGAUGGAAUAGACCACAAAACAUGGGAAUUGCGUGCUGUGUAUGAAGCAGGUCAUCAUUACAGAGGUAUUUUCGAAUGGGGCAUGUUAUACAAAGAGAAUGAACUGCCGAGAAAGGAGGCAGCCAAAAGAGAUUACGAUAGUGAGCCUUACAUAUCGCCAACCCAUGCUGGAGGCUUGUUUGCCAUCAACAGAGAAUACUUCUUGGAACUUGGUGGUUACGAUCCUGGACUGCUAGUGUGGGGUGGUGAAAACUUCGAACUUUCUUUCAAGAUCUGGCAGUGUGGAGGAAGCAUAGUUUGGGUACCUUGCUCGAGAGUUGGGCAUGUUUAUCGAGGUUUCAUGCCGUACAAUUUUGGAGCCUUGGGCGCCAAGCAUAAAGGACCUCUCAUCACAAUUAAUUACAAGCGUGUGAUUGAGACAUGGUUCGAUGAAAAGCACAAAGAAUUCUUUUACACACGAGAGCCGCUGGCUACAUUUUUGGAUAUGGGUGAUAUAAGUGAGCAGCUGAAUUUAAAAAAGAAGCUAAAAUGUAAAAGUUUCCAAUGGUUCAUGGACAAUAUCGCCUAUGAUGUCCUGGACAAGUAUCCAGAACUACCCCAAAAUUUGUAUUGGGGAGAGCUUCGCAAUCAGGCCACUGAUACUUGCAUGGAUACACAUGGACACGCAGCGCCAUCAAUUCUUGGAAUGUCUUAUUGCCAUGGUUACGGUAAUAAUCAGUUAUUCCGUCUGAAUGCCAAGGGACAGUUGGGUAUUGGAGAACGGUGCGUGAAUUCAGACAAUCAAGGAAUAAAACUUGUUUUCUGUCGCUUGGGAACCGUUGAUGGUCCAUGGGAAUAUGAUACUGACACCCGUCAGCUAAUAUACCGAGACGUCAAUAAGUGUCUAACCGUUCAUCCGGUCAGUAAGAAGCUGAUCCUUCUACGAUGUGAUAUCCAGCAGAACUUCCAGAAAUGGGUUUUCAAGGAAAUUAAACCCAACUGGUGAAAAAAAAUGUGAUAUUAGUUUAAGUUUUUCAGGGGCCUUAAAUCAAAAAGGAUUCUACUUAUCAGCUGGACAAUAUGUUUAAAGAGAGUCUUCUGAAAUGAUACACGGCGUGAAGUCAGCCGAAGAUUUUCUCUUCUCAACCCUAUCUACUUAAGCCUUUAAGUCUGAUGAUUCAAUUUUUAAGGAAGAAUUUUGUUGAUAUUUCUUCUCAAAGGAUUUUUCUUAAGGGCAAUCGUCAAUUUAUAUGUUGCCGUGCAGCUUUCCAGGCAUUUUUGACUUAUAGAAUCGAAGGUUCCUUGAAUAUUGAAGAUUAAAAUUUUUGCUUAUGAUUUAAAUUCGUUAGAUCUGAUCUGGUCAACUUAAGCGACAGGGUUGCCACAGUCAGAAAAUACCGGGAAACAUUAGGGAAUUUUAAAGUCAGGGAAAACGUGGAAAUGUCAGGAAAAAUGACAAACAAGUCAGGGAAUAAAUUUUGAGUCACCUUUAUUUGCUCUCUAGAAUGGGUUUAAUGUUUCAAACAAAAUAUUGUGUGCAAAAAUUAUUUCAAAUUAUGUAUUUUUAACCAUCUAGCAUGUCUUCAAAUGUCUGGUAAUUUCACCAAAAUGUAACAGAAAAAUCAGGGAAUUCUGUGGUCUUCUGGUGGAAAUCUUAAUUCUGUGGUAACCCUGAAGUGAUGAUAGUUCCGAUGAGAAUUACUGGAAAAGUUGUUCUACAAUUUACCUUUUUCUAUUCCUUUUGUCCAUCUCAGGUAACUGAGUUUAAAUGGAUUCAGCUCUCAUUCUGGAUAUAUAAAUUGUACCUUACCCUAGCAAGUACAUGUGGAAACUAUACAAGUAAAAAUAAUUAUGUUAAAAAAACACUCAAUUGCUGAUGGUUAACAAGGUAGUGUACUGGCGGCCUCCUUGAUAGUGUGUUUCCACUAGGUGAGGAAUGUUUUAAUUUAGGCAUGGUUCCAAAAGCUCUGCUUUUAUCCUUUUCAACUGAUCUUUUGUGGUGCUACCAGUUCAUGUGACUGCCAUAGUGCAAUAGUAUAGGAUUCCAUACGGAAAUUUUCUUGACCCUGGAAAUUCUGAGCUGGGCUAUAAUCUCAGUGAAAACUUCGAUACAACUCUGGGGCUGUUGUAGAAUCUCAAAAUCUUAACUUUCGCCUCAUCGAAAGCAAUGAGUCAAGAGCAAUUUUGAGUGUACGAAAGCUCUGGACAAAGCUUCCUUCACUUUAAAAAGUGUUAUGUACCUAGCUAAAUCACAACUUUGUUUUUAGUCAGUGCAACAGCCCCAUGCUUUAUAUAUUUAUUCAACUUUAAGCAUUAUGUCAUUCUGCAAAGGUCACUCAAGUAACCUGCCAAACGAAGUAGCUUUUAUUCCAGGGAAAAUCUGCAAUAAUGAAUGUGGUAAAAUGCAUUUUAACCUCUCUUAAUUAAUUGGUUGUUUUCUUUUAGUGAACUUCAGGUCAAGUUUUUCCAAUCGAAAUUUUAGAUUUGCUUGUUUUCCCUUGAGUUUUUUUUCCUUUCCACCGAAAGUUUUGUAUAUAUUUUUAAAGCUAGCACAACAGAAGGGAAACUUUGAUGAUGCAUUUCAUCUUAAUUGUAGUAACUAAUUUAAUCGUUGUAGCCUUGAGCUACUCGAUCUCCCUUUCACAAUGGAAAGUUUACUCAAUAUAACCAAGUAAUUCAAUCUAAUCUUAAAUUUAUAAUUCUGCGGCUUUGAUCAAUAGAUGAAGUGCAAUGUCAAAAUAUCCUUGUUAUUAUUUUCUUAGUUUUAGUUGAUGCUGCUCAUUCCAGUAUAUUACAAUAUUUUUGAAGAGCGAUAUACUUAAAUUAAUAGUUUUUACUUCAACACUCUCGUUUUUGGGAAAAUUUGGAGGAGUGUGAAAAUCUCUCAUCUGUGACAUUAAUUUAUGAGCCAAUUCCCAAGUAUUGUUAAAACAUAUCUCUUGGAGAAAAGUAUAUACUUUCCUCUUCUCCUUAAGCUAAUUUGACCUUCGGCAAGUAGGAAACAAAUUUCAUUCUGGAAAUUAAUGAAAAAUGGCUCAAAUUCCAAAAUAGUAGUUCCUCUAGCUUCCUCUCUCCAUACCAGAGACUUCAGAUGUGGAGAUAUUUUUUUCUAAUCUCAUCUGUUUUUAAACUCAUCCUUUGAAGAAUUUUAUCUGCCAGUACUCAAAACAGCAAUUAAGAUGGUCUAUGUUUAGUCCUGUAGAUAGAUUGUUGGCUACCGCAGCAAUCUUCUCACAGUUUGGUGCUUUUUAAAUAGUAGUAAUAACAAUUUGUAACAAGGAGAAAUGUCCUGAAAACAUGAUAGUUGAACUUUGAAAUGCUCCUUUAUUAUUACACUCGAGUCGGUCAAUGCUUUAAAUUUUUACAAACGAGAAAUUAUAACAACAAUAUUACUCAUAAUUACCUACUUGUAAGACUGAAAUUAAGCCCUUUCCUUUUAUUGAAUAAACUAGAAAAAGUAGGCUAGUAGGCAUGUGUAAGAAGAGUCAUAUUUUUUUUUUUUUUUUUAAGUAAAAGUGGGAGCAUGUUUCAGAAAAAUUGCCAGUUUUUAAGUUACUCCUGUGUGACUCCUCUGAGCUUGUUUUCAUGCAUUGUCAAAUGAUCUACACUUCUCAUUAUAGUUCAUUUUCAGUUAGUCUAUCACUUAAUUUCAUUAAAAAGCUAUACCAGCCCCCGCUUUUAACUGAAUGAAAUUCUGAAUGUCUUCAUUCAAACUUACCACUCGUGAUCAUUUCUCUGUAAGAUUGUGAGGCUCAAUAUCACCCCAAUAAAUAAGCCUUCACUACUUAAAUCUUGCCAAUCUCCUUUUCUCUCCGGACUAGCUACUCCGAAGAAAAGGAAAAUCUUUGAAAUGUUAGAAUUACUCUCCAAACAUCACUCAUGUGUACCAACUCUUGCUAAGCUUACAGCUCUCUUUUCGAAACAAAUUAUGUUAUCAUUCCAUUUUUAAUAUUUGCUUUCAAAUCUUAAACCUCUCAGGUAAAUAAAUGUUCAACGUUGGUUUCUCAAAAGUUGGCUACCUGGUCGGCCUAUCAAAUCAAGAGUUCGUUUACUGAUUUAUUGAAAGCCUCCUUGGAGUGUAGCACUAAAAUCAACAGUAAAUCGUAAUUAUGGAGAGCUUCCCUGUACUUAGGUAUUCAUUCUUAGAAUUUCAGUGUGCCUACUUAAAUCACCAUGUUACUUGAAGCAUGAUGUUGACCUCUUUCUCUUGCAAUGUGUUUUUUAUUUGAAAUGGAUCUUAAUUUCUCCACUUUAUUUUUAUUAAUAAAAUCAUGUUCAUUUUA